CCCCCCACGCUCUUGGUAUUGCUGAGGUUCGAAAUGGCCAUGGAUGGGCUGGAAAGCGGGGAGCAGAACCUGUUGCACUGGGACCGAAAGCUGAGCGAGUUGUCGGAACCGGUGGACUCUGAUGCCCUCCUCUACAGCACGCAUUUCACUGAACUCCUCGAUGAGUUUUCCCAGGACGUUUUGGGGCAGCUCUUGAACGACCCCUUUCUGUCGGACAAAGAUGAGAUAAUGGAAGUGGAGCUGUCACCUGCUUCUCCCGCUCCCCUCAUCCAAGCAGAGCACAGCUACUCUCUUUGUGGUGACUCGCGGCCACAGUCCCCGCUAACCCACAUUUCAGCCGAUGAUAACUUCAGUGAAGCUGACUUGGAAAAUGACAACUGGUGUCUGGGCUCAGAGUUGUCUUCAGCAACCAUCAAGGCAGAACCUACCACGGGAGAUGCACCAGGCCUUGCUCCCUCAGUCAGCCUCACCGCCACAUCCAGCCCCGCGAGUCUGGAGGUCGAAGAGCCUCAGAUGCAAGACGAUUGCAUGACCAAGCCGCUGAGUCACAAAGCUUUCCCAGAGAUCAAACUGGAGCCGCAUGAAGUGGACCAGUUCCUGAACCUUUCUUCCAAGGAAGCAAUGGACACCCUGCACAUGCCUCCAACCCCUCCCAGCAGCCACGGAAGUGACUCAGAGGGCGGCCAGAGCCCAACCAGGUCCCUCCCACCAUCAAGUCCCAAACAGUUACAAGCCACGGCUAAAGUGACCUCGCACACGGCUUCCACGCUCACCAAUUCCCCUCUCUUAACGGCACCACAUAAAUUGCAGGGCACAGGUCCCCUGAUCCUGACAGAGGAGGAGAAGAGGACCCUGAUCGCAGAGGGGUAUCCUAUCCCUACCAAACUGCCCCUAACAAAAGCGGAAGAAAAAGCACUGAAGAAGAUCCGCAGGAAAAUAAAAAACAAGAUCUCUGCCCAGGAGAGCAGGAGGAAAAAGAAAGAAUACAUGGACAGCUUGGAGAAAAAGGUCGAGUGCUGCUCAAAUGAGAACAGUGAGCUUCGCAAGAAGGUAGAAGUUCUGGAGAACACAAACAGAACACUCCUGCAGCAACUGCAGAGGCUCCAAGCCAUGGUGGCCGGCAAAGUGUCUCGCUCGUGCAAAGCUGCCGGCACACAAACGGGGACCUGCCUCAUGGUGGUGGUUUUAUGCUUCGCAAUAAUUUUUGGCAGCUUUUCCCAAAGUUACGGUCCCACGUCCUCCAUCACAAAGGCAGUGCUACCAUCCCAGCAUUCCACGCCAGAGUCAUAUACAGCCUCUAUAGUGAGGUCAAGGAGUCUGCUGACUUAUGAGGGGCCUCCUCACCCGCUGGAGGAACAGCACUUCUCAGAUCUCAGCAACAGCUGGGACAGGCACCUGGAGGCCUCCAAGCACUCAGCCCUGCCUUCAGAAUCCGUGUCCAGGUCACCACACGACCAAGUCACAGAGAUCAUGAUAGCCAACGAAACGAGGCUAGAGAAGUCAUUGCUGGUGGAGUUUCAGCAGCACAGAGUCAGCUCAGAGCUGGAUGCAAACGAAACUCUGAAGAUUGUCGAAAUUGACAGAAGAGUUAACGCUACAUCUUGAGAUGAAAAUAAAAAAAGGGAUUCCCUCCCA